AUGCCUCCUACGACGACAGGCUGGAAGAAGCAGGAGAUGGAGAAGACGACGCCAACUACUAUAUUAAUUGCUUGCUACAGUUCCAAGCGAUAUUCGUCACCAGUCAAGAUGCAUAUCAAGCGCGCAUUGCCGCCAAAAGAAAUGCCGCCGGCGCGCCGGGCUGUCCUGGCCGCGCCUGUACUGGCAACUUUUGGCCCCAAGGCCCAUAUACCUGGAUUUUCCGAGCUCUUGCGCCCACUUUUGGCUUGUCAUCUGUCAUCUACUCCAGACUCCCGCUCCGAGGCCACCGUGCGCCUUGCUAGAAGGGCUAGUGCAAGCACGUACAUUCUUAGUCUAUUGUCCAUGUGCUCUGCUUUGCGCCGGAUACCAGCUGCUGCACGGGCACGCAGCGGAAUUCAGCCCAUCCCAUAUCAUAUUCCCGCACAGAUUGUAUGGCGGUCGCCGGCCACGUUUCUCUUGUGUGGCUGGCGCUAA